AUGCCUUCGCGCUCCCGCCCAGGUCCUCCCGAGGUGGAAGAAGACUCGGGGCUUUGCAGCUUGUCCUUCAACCAACCGCUCUCGUGGCGCGUGGGGCGCUCCGCCAUCCCCAUCGCGGAUCUCCUCGAACGUCUCCAAACUCUCGCGCAGGAACUUCGCAAACUCGACCAGGAGGAAAUCGAUAAGGAAUCGCUCCGGAAGGUCUCUCAGGAACUCGCCAGUGGGAACCUGCUUGCCCAUAAGGAUAAGGGUGUCCGAGCGUGGGCUACAUGCUGCAUUGUGGACGUCUUGCGACUGUGUGCACCGGACGCGCCUUUUACGCGCAAUCAGCUAAAGGAUAUUUUCACAUGCAUCGUGUCCUCAAUCAUCCCCGCGCUGGCCGAUCCAUCCAACGCAUACAAUGCACAGCAUAUCUACGUCCUGGGAUCCCUCGCCGAGGUGAAGAGUGUGGUUUUGAUGGUCGACCUUGAUCACCCCGAUUCUCUCAUCAUCCCAUUGUUCACAAACUGUUUCGACAUCAUUUCGGGGUCUUCCAAAGCAUCCACCGGCGAGGAGGUUGCUAAGAAUGUCGAGUUCGACAUGACUCGAGUACUCGUCACCGUGAUCGAUGAAUCGCUCGUUCUGGCGCCCGAGGUGGUGGACAUCAUCGUCGCCCAAUUUCUCCGAGUCGAUCCGCGAGUGAUCGACAUAAACAAGAAAGGCAAGCGACCAGAUGCGCCGCUCGACGCUAAGCAGGACACACUUCUUUUGAAAGACUACCCGGCUGCCUACAACAUGGCCAAGACUAUCUGCCAGGCAUGUCCGGAACGAAUGACUAGUCACAUCAGCCAGUACUUCAACAAUGUCAUCAUCGAUGCGUCUGUGCCGGCCGGCCAAACGAAUGGGAAGCAUAACCGGAAACCCAAUCUCGAUGACUCCGAUGAGGAGGGUGAAGAUAUCAAAGAGUUGAGCAAGGCGCAUCGUUUGAUCCGAGAGCUUUGGCGUGCUUGUCCAGAGGUCCUACAGAACGUCGUUCCGCAGAUCGAAGCAGAAUUGUCUGCAGAAUCAGUCGCAUUGCGCUUGCUGGCUACCCAGACUAUCGGAGAUCUUGCAGCCGGGAUCGGUGUUGCUGGCCCCCCACCCCCUCCUCCCAUGGACCCAACGACAUACCCACCAGUGUCGCUAGUGGACUACGACAAGACGAUUCCCCAGCCAAAUGUUUUGUUGACUCCGGUGUCCCCCAAACCUUUCUCCCAAGUGCACAAUUCCGCCUAUGAGGCUUUCCUCAGCCGUCGUCUUGACAAGACUCCAUCAGUCCGUGCUGCUUGGGUCACCGUUGUUGGACGAAUCCUUCUAACUUCAGCCGGAGGCUCAGGCCUACACGAGAACGAAGAACACAGUCUUGUCCGACACCUGGCCUCGAUGCUCCGCGACGUUGAUGAGAAGGUCCGUGUGGCUGCAGUGGAUACUGUUGGGCAGUUUGGGUUGUCUCAAAUUAUCCACAAGCUAUGUUUAGACGGUGGAUGUUCAUCACCCGACUCCGUCCUUGGUAUUCUUGCCGAGCGAGUGAAGGAUCGCAAGCCUCAAGUACGUGAACAUGCCAUGAAGAUCUUAGCUCGUGUGUGGGCAGUCGCCGCCGGUGACAUCGAGCAAAAUACCGAGCCCGUUGUGUCCCUUCUCAAAGACGCGCCUUCUAAAAUAUUCGAUGCUUUCUACACCAAUGACCAAGAGAUCCAUGUUCUUAUUGAUCGUGUUCUGUUUGAGACACUUCUGCCGCUCUCUUAUCCCCCCAUCAAGCCAAAGCUUUCUCGGGGCGGCUCGAGUCAAUCACAAAAGCAGAAGGAGAGCCAAGUGUCUGAGCCGGAGCAAGAGACGGAUGUCGAGAAGAUCCGUGUCCGCCGGAUUCUCACCUUACUCCGAGGGCUGGAUGAAAAGGCUAGACGAGUCUUCUUCGUUAUGCUGGCUCGUCAACUGUCAAUGAGGUCGGCCGUGACGCUCUAUCUGGAGGCUUGUGAAAAGUACAAUGGUGGCGUUGUUGACAAAGACGAGGAACAGGUCAAGACGAAACUGUCCAAGAUCAUUGACUCACUAUCAAAAACAUUCCCAGAUGCCGCGCGCGCAUCGGCAGAUCUGUGGAAGUUCGCCAAGGUGCACGAUCGACGAAGCUAUCAGCUAGUUCGCUUCACCAUGGCUGCUGUCAGUGAUUACCGCACCGUUGUUAAGGCCACGAAGGAACUUCAGCGACGUAUUCAGACUGCAAACAACUCUCCCCUUCUGGAGACAUUGACACCACUUGUCUACCGCUGUGGUUCUUUGAUCUUCAACCGGAGCCACAUUCCCGCGAUUAUGAGCCUGUCUCGCACAGAUGAGAACGGGUUGGCUAAUGCUGCUCAGGAGAUGUUGAAGCAAAUAUCAUCUCAGAACCCGGAGGUCCUGGAGGCACAGGUUCAAGAGAUGUGCAAAGAUCUCGAGGCUCAAGCCCCCAAGGCCUCUUCGACCGAAGACACCGGUGCUGAAGACAUUUUGAAGGCGUGUGCUGGUUUUGCUAAGAAGCUCCCUGCUAAGCUCCCCAAAGAGCGCAAGUUCUACCAGGCUCUAUCCAAUUACGCCCUUUACAGCUCAUCGCCACAUGCUGCUAAACAUGCUGUGUCGAUUCUCAUGGCCACAGCUGAGCGGAAAGAGAUGUAUGCAAAAGAUCUAGUGCGCAGCUGCGUUAAGGACUGGAAAUUCGGGUCUAAUCGGUUCCUCACUCGCCUGGCUUCAUUGUCCCAAUUAAACCUUCUCGCGCCGAGACAAGCAGAUGACGAAAGCGAUGCUAUCAUUUCGAUUGCCAUCAAUGAAAUCCUGCUCACCAAUCGCAACCCCGAACCAGACUCUGAAUACACUUGGUCGGAGACCGUGGACGACGAGACAAAGGCCAAAGAAUGGGCAUUGAAAAUCAUAGUUAACCGCCUUCGGGCUAAGGACGGAGCCGAUGACGAGGCUGACUUCCGUGCCCAUGCACAGCCCGUUUAUGAAACAUUGAACAAACUAGUGGUUGGGGAAGGCGAGAUCUCCAAGAAGAAAGAUACUCCUGCCAGCCAGAAGCCGCGCCUUCGUCUCCUCGCUGCUAAGUCCUUGCUUAAGCUCUGUGCUUCCAGCACUGUCUGUGACGGUCUGUUGACGCCAGCUGAUUUCAACAAAAUCGCUUUGGUUGCCCAAGAUCCAAUUCUGCAGGUGCGGAGUGGAUUCGUCAACCAUCUGAAGAAGAAGCUUGUGCAAAGGUCACAUCUCAGCCACCGAUGGUACAUCGUACCUUGUCUACUUGCCUUCGAGCCUGUUCACAGCCUGAAGGAGAGCACACUCACAUGGCUACGGUCCCGAGCGGCAUAUUUCGCCCAACAGGCGCAGGCCAGUGGAAAACGCACAGAACAGACCAUGGUCAUGGAGCUGAUCUUCUCACGUCUUCUAUCUUUGCUUGCUUACCACCCUGAUUACCCGUCCGAGGAUUUGGACGAGGCAACAAAACUGGGCGACCUGACCGAUUUCUCCCAAUACAUACUUUUCUACCUUUCCGCAAUUGCCAAUGAACACAACAUGUCAUUGAUCUACCAUGUCGCACAGCGCGUCAAGCAAUUCCGCGACGGCAUCACCAAAACCGACGAGAUCUCCACCCGCCUCCACACUCUGUCUGACCUGGCGCAAGCAACCAUUCGCCGUUUCGCAGACAUCUACUCUCAACAACACAAGUUCGGCGGUGCAGCUGGUGCAACCAACAUCUUGCAAACCUACCCAGGAAAGAUGGGCGUUCCCAGCUCCCUCUUCAACUCCAUGAGCAGCCACCGCGAAGCUCAAGACGUCGCCGACAAAAACUUCCUCCCCGAUGAACUGGAUGACCUGCUGGACCGCGUCGUCCGAAACGCAAUGAAGCCAAGGAGUAGCUCCACACACGCUUCGCAGAGCGGGUCAAGCAAGAAGCGAAAGCCCUCCCUCGAGACUAACGGCAAACCCGCCGCAGCGAAGAAGCCACGCAAGGAGAAGUCUUCCCGUCCAGCCCGCAAGUCCACAUCCGUCGGCGCUGUCAAGCCAAAGCGUAAAUCCACGAACGAUGACGGCUGGUCUUCGGAUGGAGGUGCUGGAGAAGCGGAAGCCACGCCGGCGUCAUCUCGCAGGCGCAGUGUCCGAGGCACCGCCAAGCAGGAAGUCAGCUAUAUAGACAAUGACAGUGAUGAUGCUGACAUGGAGAUGGCCGAGUGGGAGCAAACUGAAGCACAAGGCGAUGUCGCAGAUGUGGAGGAAGAGAACGAGAACGAAGAAGAACAGGAAGAGGGUGAUGAUGAUGAGCAGGAUGGAGAGUCAAAUCAAAGCGAAAAGGAGCUCACGCCGCCUCCUGCUAAGAAGCGCAAUUUCCAGGUUGCCAUUCCAAAGACUACCCCAAAGGCCGAGACGAAGAAGCCCGAGGCCAAGAAGCCAGCGACAACCAGCCUCCCUUCCCGACGCUCCUCCCGCCGUGGAUAG